ACAAAAACAAAAAAAAAAAUUCAAUUUAUAAAUAGGCCUCCACAAAGUUCACGAUCCCCCAAUAAGAAGUCUGGGUUGGCCAGUAAUUUUUUUUUUGUUUUUUCUCUUUUUCCAUCUCUUCAAUCCCCUCUUUCCGAACGCCUCCUUCGUGUUUUUUGGUAGACCGCCAUUUCUAAAACACUUUAAACGAUCAGUUCCUCGGUUUUUUUUUUUGGAUACUCUCUUCCCUUUUUUACUUCUCGUUACUUUUACUGGUUGUGGUGAUUUUCUUUGUUUACCCUCUCUUCUCCUUGUCGUUUUUAUUUUAUUUUAUUCCUCUUUGAACAAUUUUUUUUGUCCGUAUUCCCCAAUCCCACAAUUUUUUUUUAAUUUUAUCAUAAUACGAUCGGAUGAAGUACGGUCUAGAAUUACAGAACAACAUUUUUGCCCCCUGGCGUUUAUCGUACGUAGCGUACGAUGUGCUGAAACAAGAGUUGAAAACACGUCAACUGGACCACGCUUGGACCGAGCAGGAUGAAGCCGACUUUGUUCAUCUGUUGGAUAACGAACUGACCAAGGUGUAUGAUUUCGUUAAUGCGAAAUUGGCGGAAAUCGAUGCUCGUAUUCUAUACUGUGAACGCACCAUUCAGACCUUGCAAAAAAAUCCAACCAUGAACUCGGAUACAAAUUACAGUAUCAUGGACGAAGCAUUGACCGAGAUUUUGUUCGAUGUCAACGACUUGUCUCGUUUUACGCGUGUCAAUUUCACGGCUAUCCAAAAGAUCCUGAAAAAGCACGACAAAUGGACAGGUCUCGAUCUCAAGCAAGCGUACGUCCAGAAAUUGCGAGAGAAGCCGUUGGAUAAGCAGCGUUUCGAUGUCGCCAUCGUCUAUAUUUCUGCGCUACACGACAUUUGUCGCAACCGGGGAAAAAUCUCACCUGGCAACAGUGCCUCGGGCGGCGAUCAAAAUGCGUUUGAACGUGCCACCGCCAAGUACUGGAUUCACCCUGACAACAUCACCGAGGUGAAAGCUAUCAUUAUGCUCCAUUUGCCCGUGUUAAUCUUCAACACCAGCAAAAAGUGGGAACCCUCCGAUUCUGCCGUUUCCAGUGUCUAUUUUGAUAACCCUAACUUUGACCUCUACACCGGCCGUCUCCAACGUGACGAAGAAGCUGAAGCCAUCCGUUUCCGAUGGUAUGGACCGUAUGAAAGCAAAAAUGUGUUCAUUGAGCGCAAGACCCAUCACGCUUCAUGGUUGGACGGCGCUUCCGUCAAGGACCGAUUCCGUAUCGAUGAAAAGAACGUAAACGCAUUUGUGGAUGGCUCUUACACCGUUGAUCAGAUUUGCAAUGAACUUCGUGCCAAGGGAACCGACGAAAAGACGAUCAACGAUGUCCAUUUCAUUGGCAGUGGUGUACAAAAAUCGUUCCGAGAAAAACAAUUGGAGCCCAUGCUGCGAGUGUUCUACAAUCGUACGGCGUUCCAGUUGCCUGACAGUCAGCGUGUGCGUAUUUCCUUGGAUACCGAUCUUACUUUUAUUCGUGAAGACGCACUGGAUGGUCAUCAGCGUCGUCAUCCUCCCCACAACUGGCGUCGUACCGAUGUCGGCAUUGAUCACCCUUUCAGCUAUAUACCGGAAAAAGAUAUCUUGCGAUUCCCUUAUGCAGUAUUGGAAACGAAACUGCAGAGUCAUUUGGGUCAAGAACCCCCACAAUGGCUGACAUCCUUGAUCGAGUCCCACCUUGUCCAUGAGGUACCACGGUUCUCGAAAUACCUGCACGGUGCAUGUACGUUUUACCGUGACCGCUUACCGCUUUUGCCUUGGUGGCUGUCGGAGAUGAAUGUCGAUAUCCGCAAAGCGCGCCAUGAGAACAUUGGUCUCACACGAUCCCGAAGUUUCAAACCGCUCAUUGACGGUCGUUACCGUCGUGCCAUGAUUGAAGAGAAGGAACGUGCGAACCAGCAAGCCGUCGUCGAUGGUGUGGCGAGCCGAAGCAGCAGUGCCACCAGUGACAAGACCGCCGCCGAAGACACGGGCAAGGAUACCCCGACUCCCUUGGGCCGACGCCGAUCCAUGUCGAUUGACGAGAAAAAGGCCGCCGCAUGGAAACCCAUCAGCAACAACUCCGAUAGCAGUGUUCAUCGACAUCAAGAUUUCACCGCCAUCGAACUGGGCACACGCAAUGCACAAAAUGCUUCGCUUGUCCAGCCUCUGUUACCGCGUGACAAGUCCGCCCCUCACGAUGUCAAUGAUCCUUACUACAAUAACAACAACAUCAACUCCAAGCGUAUGUCGAGUGGUUACUUGCCUGCGCCCAUUGGCAAGUUCUUUAGCAGUGAUUCCAGUCGACCCUCGACAGCGGUAGAAACCAUGUCCGACGAUAAGAAGCCACGCAUGAGUCUCGGUACCCCCGUGGACGCUGACGAAGAGAAUCCUGGCAAACCGAAACGCCACAAAGUCAAAGUACGAGUGGAACCCAAAACCUUUUUCGCCAACGAACGUACCUUCAUUUCGUGGUUGCAAUUCUGUGCUUUGCUGUUGACGGUCGCUUUGAAUUUGCUCAAUUUCGGUGAUUCCGUUUCCCGCAUCGUGGGCGGUAUCUUUAUCGGGUUGGCUGCAGCCGUAGCCAUUUAUGCACUGUAUCGAUUCGAGAAACGUGCAUGGUAAGUUCUGAAAAACCCCUUGGGGACGCAAAUGUAGUACCAAACAAAAAAAAAAUGAAUCGAUGCUCAUCAUGCAUUUUCUUUCUAGGAUGAUCAAUCGUCGUGUGGAUGGUCGUUAUGACGAUUUGUGGGGACCUGCUGUUCUCUGUUUCCUUUUGGUGGCCGCUCUUAUCGUCAACUUUUACUUGCGAUUUGGCCCGCAAAGCGAAGCAACUACUGCCGCAGCGAGUCAAAUGCCUCCCGGGGCAUAAGACGCUUGAAAAAUAACACACCCACAUCCAUCGUCAUGUUUCUUGUUGUUCUCUCUCUCUCUCUCUCCCUCUCUUCUUGUUUUUUUUGUGUAUUUCCAUGAGGUUUCUAUCUUUUGUGCUUUU